UUUCCGACCAUCUCCUAUUGCAAACGGAUUGUCCGGGUACCAUCUCACUAAAUAGUUCAUCAAAAUUUUAUAAUUGCAAUUAAAAAACAAGUGCCGUGUGAUUUUUUAAACUAACUCCUACAGGAUUUAUCAUGACAAUCCAAGACAAAGUGAGAGUGAACAGCUGUUGCUGCCGAUGGAGUUUGAGAUUCGGGACAUUAUUCACUGGAUUUCUCGGCAUUAUAUUAUCGAUAGCAACAAUUCUCCUGAUCCUUCUAGCGGAUAUGGAAAUAAAAAUGGUGAUAAUUGACAUCUUCAGUAAAACCGUCACUCGAAUUAUUGUUAUAAUAAAUCUCUUCAUGACGAUUUUUAUCAGUUCGUUGUUAAUUUACGGCGCGUGGAAGAAAAAAAGAUUUCUGAUGCUUCCAUGGAUCGUACUGGGACUCAUGAUAGCGAUUGGAUUAUUAAUUACUAUUUUUUACACUGCGAUAAGUCAUAUGAUUAAUAUCAGUAUAUGGGGAGGUGUACUGUGGCUGGUGAUUGGUCUUAUUGUUUUUGUUAUCUACGUCUACUUGUGGGUGGUAGUCCUCAGUUAUCAUCGACAACUGAAGGAUGACAAGUUGAAAGGAAAAAUAGAUCCUUACGGACGCCCAUACAAUUACAGUCGUGCGUAAAAUGCGCAAUUAAAAAUUCAUGAUCUCAUGACAAAAAUCGAGAGAUUGCACUCGCAUCAAUCCACACGCCAUUAUUUAUUAUUUAUUUUCUAUUUAUCAAUGCGUAAAUGUUAACCGUGUAAUGACUUGUAUGAAGAGAGUAUAGAUAAAUAAUAACAACAACAACAACAAUAAUAAUAAUUCUGUAAUAAUUCCAAUAAUCAAUUUUUCUAAUUGCACUUGCAAUUGAUUAAUAGUCCAUUAUCCUUUGGUCUGGAUUGAAAAAAAAAAUCCAUAAAACGAGAUUUAAAAACAAUCCAGAGAAAAUAAUGAAAAUAAUAUAAUU